AUGGCCUCCGAACGCCCCGUCCUCCAGCCCAUUCACCCCCAAACAGAGGCGAGGCUGCUCAAGGAGUACGCCGACUUCCACAGGCAGCACAUCCAGCACACGCCAUUCCUCCACGACCUCCCUUGGGACCCCGCCGUCCGCGCUGCACCUGCCGUCCAAGGCGGAUCCGAGCCCCUCCCCGUGGGCAAUGUCCAGGACUACGCCCUCAGCAAGUUCUCCGUGCGCGUCUUCACGCCAGAAGGCGACGCGCCGGAGGGAGGCUGGCCUGUCUUUAUCUUCUUCCACGGAGGGGGAUGGACACUGGGACGCAUCGACACAGAGAACUCGUUCUCGAGCAACAUGUGCAAGCGUGCGAACACCGUCGUCGUAUCCGUCGACUAUCGCCUAGGCCCUGAGAACCCCUACCCCGCCGCCGUCGAAGACACAGUCGAAUCCCUCCAAUGGGUGUACAACAAGGGCAAAGAGCUGCUGGGUGUCAACCCUUCGCGCAUCGCAGUGGGCGGAUCCUCCAGCGGCGGAAACCUCGCUGCCAUUGCUACGCACAAGGCAGCUGAGCUCGGCAUUCCCGUCGUCUUCCAGCUGCUCGUCGUCCCCGUCGUGGACAACACCGCGCAGGUGGACGACGACCGCUACCCGUCCUGGAAGGAGAACGAGCGGACCGUAGCACUUGUCCCAGGUAGGAUGCUCUGGUUCCGGGACAAUUACACGCCCAACCCGGAGGACCAUACCAAGUGGGACAACUCGCCUAUCUUCGCGCCCGAGGAGCUCUUUAAGAAGUCUCCUCCCGCCUGGAUUGGCGUCGCCGAGCUCGAUAUCCUCCGUGACGAAGGUAUCGCCUACGGCGAGAAGCUCACAAAGGCGGGUAUCCCAGCGGAGGUCAAGGUGUACAAGGGUGCUCCCCACCCGAUCAUGGCUAUGGACGGGUAA